AUGGAUAUUUUGUGGCAAUACCAGUUCAGGAUCAUUUUACUCGGGGACUCGACGGUGGGGAAGUCGUCGCUGCUGAAACGCUUCACGGACGGAAUCUACAGCGAUGUGGCGGAUCCGACGGUCGGGGUGGAUUUCUAUGCCCGCUCGCUCGACAUCGAACCCGGGGUGAAGAUAAAGCUCCAGCUCUGGGACACGGCUGGUCAGGAACGAUUCAGGUCCAUCACAACAUCCUACUACCGUAACUCCGUGGGCGGGCUACUCGUCUUCGACCUCACCAUUCGCAAGACCUUUGACCAUGUGAGGGAGUGGCACAAGGAGGUGAGUGAGCACAUCCUGCCCCACCACAUGGUCUACAUCCUCAUUGGCCACAAGAGCGACCUCAACAAGGACCGCAAGGUGAGCCGGGACGAGGCGGAGGAUCUGGCGGCCGAGCUGGGCAUCCGCUACGUGGAGACGUCGGCCAAGUGCAACAUCAACGUGGACCGGGCCUUCGAGCUGCUGACGAAGGACAUCUACGAGCUGAUGAAGAUGGGGGAGAUCGUCACCCGCGACGGCUGGGACGGGGUCAAGAGCGGCCUCACCGCGAAGGUCCUCUACCCGGCCGACGACGAAGAGGAGCUGGCGACCGCCGUCCCCGAAAGGGGCUGCCACUGCUGA